AUGUGUCCUUUGGACAGAGCCAACGCCUCCGGGAUUGCCACAGAGUUCGUGGCGUGGGUUAUGUUUUGGCUUGGUGCUGUUGGGCAGCAUUGGCGCCGGUUCAAUGAACGCUUGGAGCUGCCAUCCAGUGUGCCAAUCCAAUGCUUGGUUAUCUCUUGGGACUCCCUAAAAACGAACACUGCCGUCAUGAAGGGAUUGAGGCAAUGUGUGUAUGCACGCAGCCUUGUAGAUUCUUCAAAGCAUGGAGCUGAGCAAGUCUUCCCCCUGUUGUCGAACAGGUGCGCGAUCCAUCAGCUGGCUCUGAUCAGGAAGCAUUCUCUGUUUUUCUUUGGCGGGUUUUGGAGUACAAUCGUCAGAUUGUGCCACCUCUAUGAGAUCCGAUCCUUCAGGAGACAUGUCAAAAAAGCAAUCCUGCAAGUCGUGCUGCGAGAUUUCGAACACAUCAGAGUGCAUCAGUUGCCUGCUGAUUUUGAAGGAUGGCAGCGCGAAAAAGCUUCUGCCCUUUUCCAGAGCAUGGAUCCAAAGUCAAACAGGUACCACUUGCAUCAGGCUUUAUCCGUUGUGGAUAACUCUGAGACGUCAUCGACGAAGUUCAUUCAUUGGUGCACGGGCAGCAGUUGUUUUUGUGAAGGCAAGCCAAGGAAGGCUUUGGUGAGGAUGGUUCAACUGUAUCAACGCCUCUUUGGAAAUGGGUUUGCUGAGGGAACCUUUUUGCACAAGAUCUUGUCCCGGGUGUUCGAAGCAUUGUCUGAGACCAGUGGUGAUGGCCAGAUUGCCAACCAGAUGGAGUCCUUGCUGGCCGAGAUUGACAUGGGUCAGGGGGAAGGAGAUGUCUUUGGCCCUGAUGACAAGGAUUGGACGCAGUUGAGCAUCUUGCCAAAGAUGCCGGAGUCAGUGGGGCUAAGUCCGGCAGAGCUGAAUCGAAAGAGGAAGCAGUUAUGUUUUGCUGCCAUCCUUGAGGAAUCCUUUAUUCCACGCACGACCCUGUUGCAAAGCAGGAUCGAAACACUUUCGGCUGGCAUGAACAUGUUGUUCAAAAGGACUGCUGACAUCAGCAAGCUCCAUCACUUGGUCCAUGUGAUGCAUAGCCCGGAAGAGAACUCCGAUCUUGCUGCGAGGUCAUCAUCUUUCUUCCGGGAGUACAUGCGCGGAGGCUUUGGGAUGAAGCUGAUGGGCAUGCAGAUACAAUUCUUGGAAGAUUUUCCUCGAUUGGGCAUCGGGCCACUGGCGAAGGAUGCUUUCCAAAUGUGCUUGCUUGAGAUGGGAGACUGUUGGAAACGUUUUGUCCACGACUUGGACAGGUAUCCCUUCAAGACUUUUUGCUUGCUGGACUGCAGCACUUCUGAAGAGGUCUUGGGGCGUUGCGCUAUGAUUCGAGCACAGAUGGAAGCUUGCAGCAACUGCAUCGAUGUGGAGUUCACUGCCCAGAUCCUUGCAUUCCUUGACAGCCGCCAAGGCAACGAAGAGCUUCUAUCUAGAGCAAGGAUCGUGCAAGAGUUCUUGAUGGAUAUUGCGAUCUUCGUGCCAAUCAGCAGUGAUCAGGUAGAAUGCUGUCACGGAUUCCACCAAACUUUGACCAAUCGUUUCCGCGGGCAAAAACCGACAGCCCAGACCGCUCAAGAAGUUGGGCUUUGGGCCAGCAUCACUUCGACGUACAAACAAUUUUGGAAGUUCCUGUGGGGCAAGAGUGGCGAUGCAAAGACAAGAAAUCGCAUCAAACGUUUUGGAGUCAAAGGCGUCAACCAGUAUUCACAAACUGAAGGGCGUGUUCAGGCUAGUGCCAACAGACCUUGCAAAUUCAAUUUCCGAGACCUGGGCGCCCUUUGUGAUCAAGAGCCGGUGGCCAAGACUGCGAAAGUGCCCAAGAAGAUCUGUGGUUGGAACAUAUUCCAGCGCAAGUGGUUCGAAGCAAGGCAGCUCCAGCCAGACGAGUGGAAAAAGGAAAUCAAGUCCUGUGCCCGUGCCUGGAGAGAUCUCAGUGGUGACAAUCGUGAACCCUUUGAAGCUGAGGCGGCUCAUGAGCAGAGCUUGCGAGAUGAGGCUAGAUUCGAGAGAUUUCCCGUCAAGGCAGAGUCGAAAGCAGAGACUGAUGAUGCGGUUCCUCUGCCAGCCAGUGCCAGUCUGCGGAAGAAUGCAUUGAGCCACCUUUCCGAGUCAAGGACCAUUCACAGCUACAAGCAUUUUCAAGACGAAACUGCAAAUUUGUUCUCUCGGUGGAAUGGCGGCGUGUCAGAUUCCCAAGGCUGCUUGCGACUGGACCACAUCAAUCUGGACCUCAGCAACCUCAAUUUGGAACAGAAGUGGGAUGAUGCCCUUCAGGGUUCAGUUGAAGAGUUUUCUUGGUCGAAGUCAAACUUGGACAUGGCCGGUUGCAAGCAUCAUGUGUGCCACGAGACCCAUGGAAAGAUGAGACAAGGAUCACUGCUUGCAUUUGCCUUGCGUCACCGGACUCGGUACGUGUUCAUCGGGCCGGUCAUCAAGAAGCCACAGGUGCAAAUCUUUUUGGAGGGCAUUCCCUCCUCCAAUGGUGAUCACGUGUCUAUUUGUGAAAUCUUUGAGCAGUAUGGUGCUUUGAGUUCUUUGACGCUGAAAGUAUACGAGUACGUUGUUUGUGCUCACCAGUCACUUUUCUCCGUAGAAAUUGCAAAAGGCUCUGCAAACCUAUGUCUCGAUGCAAACCCUGCGAGAGGUGGCCAGAAGAAGCGGUCUGACAAUCUGCCUUUUGGAAUGAAAGUUCCCAAGAGAAAGAGGGCCAGAAGAACAUGCCCACCCACAAAUGCUACGCAGAAGGAAAAGAAGCUGGACGUGUGCCCGGAAACUCAGGAUGCAGUGCGUGAUGCAUUCCCUGGUUUUCAAGAUGAAGAUUCCGGCGGAUCUGAUUCGGAGGUUCAAUCCCCCACAUCAUCUUCACCUUCUUCUGCAUCUUCCAGCACUUCCGAGAGUUCAGACACAGAGGGAGAGCCCUUGUCAAUUGACCCACAGCACCGGCAAGAGGAAGACACUACAAGGCAAAUUCUGCGUAGUCAUGCUGACCUCAAGCCAGAUGAUUCAGCCGCUGCAUCUUCACUUGCCACUGUGGCUGCGCCAGUGAACCCUGGAAAGACAAAGUGUCAAUCUUCUGUCGGACUCUGCGAUGUGGGGCAGCAGAUAGCUCCUCGACUGGCGCAGUGUCGACACUGUGGCAGCAAGAUUUCCAGGUACUCUAUGAGACUGGCGUACUCUUUUUCAACGUCCAAAUUCUUUGCUUGGAUUCACCCCAGUUGUUUUGUAGCUUAUCUUCAGUCUGUGAAUGGAAGCAGAGCCCAGGCAGUUUCAUGUUUGAAUGACUGGGUAGAAGCUCAUCCCGACUGCACUCCCGAAAUACGUGCUGAGCUGCAAGAGCUGGUGUCAAGACUCUUGGCAGCACCAGUGGACUUCUUCCUCUAUGGCCAAGACGAAGGUAGGAUCUAUGGGCUGGCUGUAGAGAGCGCAGGGAACUAUGUGCCAUAUCACAUCGAAAUUCUGCGAUUGAAGAGUGCUCACUUCGGCAGUCCAAAUUACAGGCAGAGGGCCUACAUCUUGGCUGCGAGGGUGGACACGUGCACCAAGUCCCACUUUGCGAUGAUAUGUUGGAACUACUGCUUGGAUCUUGGUCAUGGCCUGACUUAUCCUCCAUACUCAAAGGACAGUGGCUGGAAGAACAAGGAGACGAAACGGCAAGAGAGGCAGAUGUUGAGGGAACUUGGCGUGUUGGGCGGAGGCUGGGGGGCCUUCUGCUCCAACUUGGCCCGCAAUGAGCGGGAGAAGCUGAAUUGGAGGGAGCGGACCAAGUUGGAUGUGGAGUGUGCAAGACUGUUUGGGAAGGAGGAGCCAGUCACGGUUGAGGACGUGCAUGCGCAGGUGAUCGAUCUCUACAUUGAUGUUGCCAGAUCAAGUUCGAAGGGGAUGGGCGUCUACCAGCAUGGUCUUGGAGCGGCUUUCACAACACAGAUGAAGGUCUAUCACCUGGGUCGACGGGCCUUUGUACCGGCAGAGGCCCUUCUUGCUGGACAAGGCUUGGACCCACAUGACUUUCUCUUUACGGAAAGGGACUACCGGGCAUACAACAAGAUGGCCGGGAAUUGCUGCACUACGAGUGUCCUGGGGGCAGCAGUGACGGCUAUCCUUCUCGGUGUGCUGUACAAGCGGGAAGAUGGACAGCACUUCCUUUCAGCUGCAUCAAUGCCCCCUGCUCCACAUGGCAUCCCAGAGCCCGAUGCAACUCAGUUGAAUGUUUCCAGAGUCACAUGGGACAUCCACUCCAGUGUUGCGUCGGUUUCUCUCAAUAAUACAUGA